GAAAAGGAGGAGGAGGAGAAGGAGGAGGAGGAGGAGGAGGAGGAUGCGUCGGUGAGCUUGGGCGAACGGCGGAGGAGGAUGUGCUGAUCGAUUCGGAUCGAAAGUGGUGUCGCGUCCCAUUUAAGCGUGGCGGUUCGAUGAGCGUCGGUGAUGACAGAUGUGUUUCGCUCCCGUGCCUCGUACGCCGUGGUCGGCCGCGAGCCGUGAUUCGAAUCUGAUAUCGCGUCUGCUAACCUCGAGAGACAGCUACGAAAUCAUCGAGAGUACGCCGCGACCGAGGAAAAUGAGCGCAGCGAUUCUUGGCGUUCAUCGCCUGUUGAUAAUCUUCCUUUGCUAUCAAGCGACCGGGCACAGCUUGAUACUCGAAGAGGAGAAGGAGCCAAAUUACCUGAACGCGGGGGUGGGGGAGUACGCGGUGUUCAAUUGCGAUUUGGACUUCCCGCACGAAACACCGAUACCCUACAUCCUUCAAUGGAAUCGUGACGGCAGGACGAUCUUCUCGUGGUUCCACAACGGAUACUCGACGGGGUUGGGCUACGAGGGCCGCGUACACCUGUUGGAGGACGCGGCGAGCCGGGGAUACGGGCAGGGGAGCAUCAAUUUGACCAACAUCCGGGAGAGCGACCAGGGAUGGUACGAGUGCAGGGUCAUCUUCCCGAACAGGACGCCCAACUCGAGGAACAACGGGACUUGGUUCCAUCUCGCCAUAGAUGGUGCGUCGCCGUUCCCGACGUCUGUUCCAGGCGAGACUUUGCUGGCGGUUCCGCCCGUCAACAAGACCGUGAUGGAGGGCGAGUCGGUUGACUUCGAUUGCGUCGCCAAAGGGGAAAAGUCGAUGGUCACCUGGCUGCGGGAGGGGACGGAGAUCACGGAGAUCGAGGAUUUCAAGAGGAGGGCGUCGAUCGGCGGGGACGGCACGUUGACGAUCAACUCGGCCGCCAUGGGGGAUCUCGGGGAGUACAGUUGCGUGGUGACCGGGGAGACCGGGGACCAGCAGAGCGCCUCCGCCUUCCUCAACGUGCAAUACAAGGCGAAAGUCAUCUACGCUCCCCGAGAAGUGUACCUCCCGUACGGGAAACCGGCCCUUCUCGAUUGCCACUUCAGGGCGAAUCCGCCCCUGACGAAUCUACGGUGGGAGAAGGACGGGUUCCUGUUCGAUCCGUACAACGUGCAGGGUGUGUUCUACAGAAGGAACGGUUCCCUUUACUUCAGCAAAGUGGACGAGACCCACUCGGGAAGUUACACGUGCACGCCUUACAACGAGCUGGGCACCGAGGGGCCCAGCCCAUCGAUCACCGUGAUCGUGCAGAGGCCGCCUGUAUUCACCGUCACCCCCCAGCACUUGUACAUAAGGAAAUUGGGGGAGAAUUUGGAGAUACCUUGCGACGCGAAGGACGGGGACCAGUCUCACAGGCCCUCGAUCGUUUGGUACAAGGAUGGUUCGCCGAUACCGUUGACCAACAGGACGAUUAUAAUCGGUGGCAACUUGACGAUCGACAGGAUACAAGAGCAGGACAGGGGAUUGUACCAAUGCGCGGUGAGCAACGAGGCCGCGACGGUGGUCGCGGACACGGAAUUGAUGGUGUUGAACGUCCCUCCAAGGGCGCCGUACAACUUGAGCGCCAACAGCAGCAAUAACGCGGUCACGUUGACUUGGGUGCCGGGAUACGUGAGACCCAAGAUGGAAUACUCGGUCUGGUACAGGCCGACCGACACCACCGAGUGGAGAACGAUGAAGAUAUUGUCGAGGAAGAUCACCGAGGCGACGAUAAACAAUCUGAAUCCGGGGCGCGAGUACGAGUUCAUGGUGCUUAGCCAGGACAAACACGGGGACGGGAUGUUCAGCAAAACGUUGCGUAUUUUCACCCAGCCAAAUUCGUUGGAGGAGAAUUCGGCAUCGGAGUAUCGCAGUCCUCCAGACGAUCGAAUGGGUCCACCGUUGAACGUGAGAGUGCAAGCGACCGUGCAGGGUUAUUUGGUCACCUGGGAGCCGCCCGCUUACGGGAAGGAGCAAGUGAGACUGUACGCCGUUAGAUGGUUCCGUGGCCCGUCCGAGCAAUUGUACGGCAGAGCGGAAACGACCGACACUUACUAUCUGGUGAAAACGCUCGAGGAGGAGAGUUACUACACUUUCGAGGUGGCCGCGAUGUCGAUCUCGGACGACGUGGCGACGAGCGACCGCGUCAGCCUCGAGGUGCCUGCGUAUCGCAGGAACAGAGCGAUUUCGAUGGGAAUAGUGGCGGGGAUCGGAUUCCUGGCUGCCGCCCUGGCGGCGAUAUGGUGGGCGAGGAAACGUUUCUGUCAAUCGUCCAACGAGAAAUAAAGAUGGACAGUUAAUGGUUACGAUCCUCCGUUCGAAAUCCGUUUUUCUUUUUUUUUUUUUUUUGUUCCCCUUAAAGUAGCGACAU